CCUGAGCCUCCGCGAGAGAAAUAACCCUCAUCGAAACUAAAACUCCCUCAUAUAGAAGGAAGAAAUACCUCCUCACAGACAUCAUUUCUAUUUAUCCCUAGCGUCGCAUUGCCAUCCAUCUGUAUCUAGUCCGUAAUCUCUUGGGCGGGCACUUGAAUCGUUUGGACUACAAUACACCUUCAUCGUCACUACCCGUGUCGGCCCGUUAGGUAUUGUCGCCACCAUCAGUACGCUCAAGGAAUUUAUAUUCAAGAAGGACGCGUUUGAGGCCCGUAUCGAACCAACCGACCGACCACAACAACAAACAUAUUGACAGACAAAAACAACACAACCUUGGUUGACCACUGAUACUUGUCAACUACUGUCAAAAACGCAAAAAAAAAAUGACCGACAAGAUUCAACACGCGACCGACCAAGUGGUCGGGAGUAUCGAAUCUGGAAUCCACCGGAUCCACGGAGCCGGGGAUGCGAUCCGUGGGACCGCCAUGGAGGCGCUCGACAAGGUCCUGCACAGCCGUGAAGGUGAAGAGAGAGACCGAGAGAUCGCGGAGAGAGGUAGAGCGGAGAUGGAGACGGCCGGGGAGUGGGAACGUGACGGAUCGAGGUCGAAGUUGCAGGCCCGCCGAAGGUCGACCAGCAGGAGCAGCGCCGGGGUCGGUGAAGGUUCACACCUGGCCCAGUCGAGGAUCAGGGGGGCGGAGGACGCCUCGAAUCUGUCGUCGCCCGAGGAGGAAAUGAAGAAGACGGACACGACAAUCGGGUCGCAAAAGGGUGAUGGAUUAAAGGCCGCGAGGUUGGCCAUGAAGGAGUGAUACCCCUACCUGAACUUGAACUAAGAGAGUGUCGAGUGUCACGAUGGGAAAGGAGGAGGAGGAGGAGGACGACGACGACGGAGGGUGAAAGACCAAAGGGGCCAACCUGAUGAUAGGGUUUUGAGAGGGCGUAACGAGAGGUUGUGGUUGUAUUGUAUAUCGUAUUCCCGAGGAUCGAGAAUGAGAAUCGUCACAGUUGAAGGUGGUCCAUCUCAUCAUGAUGGUUUUCUUGGUCAGAUAUUCCUCUUACUCGUGACUUCUUGCACACCAUGAACUUUGGUCAUUGCUUUGUAAUUUUUCUCCCCCUUCAGUACUGAGUAGAUUCACUUGAUGAAAAAACCAUCUGCCGAACAAUGCAACGUACAGCCAGGGACAAAAGGUCUCGUACAUACCCUAGACAUAAUCCCUCCCCGGCUAUGAUGAUAAUUGUACAUGGGGCUUAGCUGGCUACAAUAUCAUACCCCCGCACAUUAGUCCUUAGCCUGUCGAUCCAUACACCCCUAUUGGCAUUGCCUGAUACUCCCGUACUAUUGUGGCUCUUCCCAAACAAACAUGGUUGGUUCCAGGGAUUCCUUUCCAAGCCCUCGAAAAGCUGGCAUUUUCCCACCCAUCAUCAUGAACCCCCCCAUGUCUUGAAUGUCUAUCUAU